UACAGGAAAGGCGCUGAUAACGAGCCAAAAUGGAGUUGUUUGCAUUGUAAUGUUGAAAAGGCGGAUUUUGAAACUUCGUCGUGUCAUGUGAGGUUUGUUUACUUCCGUGAAAACGCCACCAGCACGUGUAGUGAAAGACCAUGGCAUACUCCUCUGCUGUGAAGCCCUUCAGUCCAGAUGAGGCGUACAGACUCGUUCACCAGCUGCAGCAGCCGGCCGUGUUUUUAAACAUGACCAAAGACUGGCCUGUGCUUGGGUGGACCGCACAGCAUCUCUCACAAUGUCUAAGACGAGAGAGACAGGAGAAACAGAUCAGGUUUAGGCUGGGCAAGAAGGAAAAGACAAACUGUCCUUUGUUUGAGACGCAGUGUUCGUAUGUGAAUGCGUCACUGAGUCAGUUUUUGAGGUGGGCAGAGGGAGAUGCAGUGGAAGAAGUUGGUCCGUUCAGUGACUUUCCGAAAACAGAGUACUGGGCCUACGCAGACUACAAGUACAUCGCAGAGGUGUUUGAAGACCUGCCUUCAAUGUUUGAGGACGUCAGGUGGUGUGACUUUGGUUUCGAGGGUCGCGGAGGCAGAGAGAGCACUUUGUGGAUCGGGACAGAAGGAGCCGACACGCCCUGUCAUCUGGACUCCUAUGGGUUCAACCUGGUACUGCAAGUGCAAGGACGGAAGCGCUGGCGCCUCUUCCCGCCCGAGGACACGCCGAAGCUGUACCCGACCAGGAUCCCGUACGAAGAGUCCAGCAUCUUCAGCCGAGUGGACGUCCUCAACCCAGAUCUCAACCGGUUUAAGGACUUCAGAGGGGCCCGUGCGCACUGCGUCACUCUGCUGCCCGGACAGGUGCUGUUCGUCCCCAGACACUGGUGGCAUUAUGUGGAGUCAGUGGAUCCUGUUACUGUCAGUGUGAACACCUGGAUAGAACUGGACGAAGACAACGAGGCGAGAGUCAGUGAAGCUGUGACCAAAGCUGUGGUCUGUGCCUUUAAAACUGCCCCCAGUGAAGACAACAUGGACGUCUGGCUCAACCCCACUGUGCCUGAAGUACCGUCUUACAGUGACAACAUGGAUGACUUGAACAUCGCACUGAGAUAUGUCAAUCAAAAACACCCCUCCUCUAAACGUCUCCCCCAUUUGUCUGCUAAACGCAAUCACACCGGACACAUUUUAAAUCCCUCUUCUCCCAUCUCUCCUCCUUUUGGACCACAUCUAGUACCCGUGCAUUGUCAAACAUCUAUAGACCCAACCGGAACAAGUGAAAAGACUUACGAACGCGCCCGGAAACACGCAAAAAUAUGCCAGACGACAGAAGAGGAUAUGGAGAGACCCAGGGGAGCACGGCAAGGAGCAUCUGUUGUGGAUUUUGAAGCAGAGCGAGAGGGGUUGAAGGAGAGAGAGGAGGAAAAUGAAGGCGUAGAGUGGGUUACAGUGAGCACUAAUGAGUUACUGGACUGUCUGGUACAUCCGGAGGUGAUCAAACGUGUGACAGAGCUGCUAAUACAGAGACAUGCUGGAGACAGGGGGACUGCACCUGACUAGAGAGGGGAACUGACACACUCAUGCCUGGCAAAUCCAGAAUCAUAUCUCUGUAUAUUUUUAUACAAUACAUGUAUGACGAAUUUCAGACUUCCAGUCAUUGUGCAAUGCAUACUGGGAAGGAUUUUUCAA